AUUUCAAUCAGUAUAAAAUGUAGACGUUGCAACGCUGAGUUUACUCUGCGCAGUUUAAGCCAGGAUGGCGACCAAAGCAGGUUCUGUCUUGACUGCAGUCAUUUUUUUAGCACUGAGUGCUGCAAACUGUGAUGAAGAAAUCGGGAACAUGCAUAUGUUAGAUUCACAAGAAAGAAUCACAAGAAGUUUAGGAAAGAAACCUGCAUCAGGCUAUCCCAUGGAUUGCAGCAAUGUCAGGGGUAAAAGUGGAGUUUACGUUAUCCAACCUAACGGUUCCAUUCCAAUUGUUGUGUAUUGCAACAUGAAGACAGACGGUGGUGGAUGGACUGUGAUUCAAAAGAAUAAUUAUCCUUCUAAAAUUACCUGGACAGAAUACUGGACAGCUUACAAGUAUGGUUUUGGCAACGUCCUUCAGGAUCACUGGUUAGGAAAUGAAUAUAUAUAUCACAUCACAAGUCAGGGAACCUACAAAGUUAAAUUCCUGCUGAUAGACAAGCGCAACAGGCGCCGUUUUGCUGAAUACGAUCUAUUCUCUAUAGAGAAUGAAAAAGGUGGUUACAGGCUGCAUCUAGGUGGAUACAUAGGAAAUGCGGGCAAUUCAAUGGUAUCAACUUCGAGCAGUCUUGUACAUGAUAACAUGAAGUUUUCAACAUUUGACCGAGACCAGGACAGGUCACGUUUAAACUGUGCACAAAAUAGUAAAGGAGCCUUCUGGUAUAAUGGCUGUCGCAGGGUUGACUUGAAUACACAAACUAUGUAUUGGAGUGGUUUCUGCAGUAGGUGCCAGUCUUCUGAGAUUCUCAUCAAACCUAAUGAUGUGUGUAGGCGGGCAUACUUACACUAGUAGAUGAAUGCUGACACACUCCUGGUGAUCCUUCAGCUUGGGAUAGGUGUUUCUUGUGGAUUGGGAUUGAUCUAUAUUCGCUUUUGGGGAGCUGAGUUUCUGUGUGAAAUGCCAGAUUUACAGUAAAGUGAAGCUAAACUUGUGAACUGGUACCUGGCUGUAACUAUAUUACUUAAAAGUCUAGAAAUCCUCACAAACAAAUAUGCCUAAGGUCACUCUCAAGUUUCAACCAAUCUAGAUCCAUAUUCUGAGAUGUGGAGAUGCCGGUAUUGCACUGGGGUAGACAACCACGACACCUGGUUUUAGUCCAAGAACUCUUCACCUGACGAAGGAGCAGCGUUCCGAAAGCUUGUGAUUUCAAAUAAGCUUGUUGGACUAAAACCUGGUGUCGUAUGUCGUCUGACAUAUUCUGAGAAGUACAGAUUCUUUUGCAGCAUUUAUAACAGUUGUCAAAAGUUUCAACACAUUCAAAAUGCACUGUUACUUUGUGACUGUUUAUUUUUGUCACCAUAAAGGAAAGGAAUAAGAAUCUGGAUUGAAAUAUACAAUAAUAUGCAAAAAUGUAAAGAGCUACAUACCUAUUUACAAAACUGUAUUUCAUUCUGUUUAAAAAUGAUUAAAAUGAUUCUACUUACAAUAAAAUCUACUUAAAUUUUU